GUGGGCGCCUCGGCUAAUGGCGUCGGCGAGUCUGGGGAGUCUGGGGAGCCAGCGCUGAAGGUUCUUGCCAGGUUGGCUGGUGACGCCCGGUGUGGCGGGGCCCCGCUGCCGUGGGACGGACGUGCCCACCUUGUGGGCUCCCGGGCCAGCGCUGGCGGAGCCUAGCGAGACUGGGCGACUGCGGGGGCGCCUCCGAGAGGAGCCGGGGGUGUUAGAAAGAGGCUGCGGGGGGCGCUCGGGCACGCUCCGGGUUCGCAGCCCAGGCCCGGCAGAGCCCCUGCGGAGCCCAAGAGGCGGGCUGUGGAAGGGCUGGAGGCGACCCAAGGAGUUGACAGUGCCACAGUUUAUUUGUGCGGCUCUGAAAUUAGCUCAGACCUUGAGUGAUCAUGUCUGGCACCAACAGCCCCGAGGCGGUGAAGAAGCUGCUGGAGAAUAUGCAGAGCGACUUGCGGGCCUUGUCACUGGAGUGCAAGAAGAAAUUCCCACCUGUCAAGGAGGCUGCUGAAUCAGGAAUAAUAAAAGUUAAAACAAUAGCCGCAAGAAACACGGAAAUUUUGACAGCAUUGAAAGAGAACAGCUCAGAGGUUGUACAGCCUUUCCUAAUGGGUUGUGGAACCAAGGAACCGAAGAUCACUCAGCUAUGUUUGGCUGCCAUUCAGAGACUCAUGUCACAUGAAGUUGUGUCUGAGACUGCUGCUGGGAAUAUAAUUAACAUGCUUUGGCAGCUAAUGGAAAAUAGUCUUGAAGAACUUAAGCUACUUCAAACAGUUCUUGUUCUCUUAACAACCAAUACAGUAGUCCAUGAUGAGGCACUUUCUAAGGCAAUUGUUCUUUGUUUUCGACUACACUUCACAAAAGAUAAUAUUACAAAUAAUACAGCUGCUGCUACCGUGCGACAAGUUGUUACUGUGGUUUUUGAGAGAAUGGUUGCUGAAGAUGAACGAUACAGAGAUAUUAUAGAACAGCCAGUACUGGUGCAAGGAAAUAGUAACAGAAGAUCUGUCAGUACUCUCAAACCUUGUGCUAAAGAUGCAUAUAUGCUUUUCCAGGAUCUUUGUCAAUUGGUUAAUGCUGAUGCCCCUUACUGGCUAGUAGGCAUGACAGAAAUGACUCGGACAUUUGGCCUUGAAUUGCUUGAGUCAGUCCUCAAUGAUUUUCCACAAGUCUUUUUACAGCACCAGGAAUUUAGUUUCCUCCUCAAAGAAAGAGUGUGUCCUCUUGUGAUAAAGCUCUUUUCUCCAAAUAUAAAGUUCAGACAAGGUUCAAGUACUUCAUCUUCCCCAGCACCUGUUGAAAAACCAUAUUUUCCUAUCUGUAUGCGAUUGCUGAGAGUGGUUUCUGUCCUGAUUAAGCAGUUUUAUAGUCUUUUGGUAACUGAAUGUGAAAUAUUUCUGUCACUUUUGGUGAAAUUUCUGGAUGCAGAUAAACCACAGUGGCUACGAGCUGUUGCGGUUGAAUCAAUACACAGAUUAUGUGUGCAGCCUCAGCUGUUAAGGUCAUUUUGUCAGUCCUAUGAUAUGAAACAACAUUCUACCAAGGUUUUUCGUGAUAUUGUGAAUGCACUGGGAUCAUUUAUCCAGUCCUUGUUUCUUGUUCCUCCUACUGGAAAUCCUGCUACAACCAACCAAGCUGGCAACAAUAAUUCAGGUGGCCCAGUCUCAGCUCCAGCUAACUCAGGAAUGGUGGGAAUUGGUGGAGGUGUUACUUUGCUACCAGCAUUUGAAUAUAGAGGAACUUGGAUACCUAUUCUGACGGUAACAGUUCAAGGCAGUGCUAAAGCCACCUACCUAGAGAUGCUGGACAAAGUUGAGCCUCCAACUAUACCAGAAGGUUAUGCCAUGUCUGUGGCAUUCCAUUGUUUGCUAGACCUUGUUCGGGGAAUCACUAGUAUGAUUGAAGGAGAGUUAGGAGAGGUUGAAACAGAAUAUCAGUCUACCUCAGAAGUGGCUUCUUCACCAAUGCAUUCAUCAGAACAGCAAGAUUUACAGUCAACAUCAGACCAAAUGGAUAAGGAAAUAGUUAGUAGAGCUGUUUGGGAAGAAAUGGUGAAUGCUUGCUGGUGUGGUCUUCUUGCUGCACUCUCACUCCUUCUUGAUGCCAGCACAGAUGAAGCUGCCACUGAGAAUAUCUUAAAAGCUGAACUGACUAUGGCUGCUCUUUGUGGAAGACUGGGCCUUGUAACUUCAAGAGAUGCCUUUAUAACUGCAAUAUGCAAAGGUUCCUUGCCUCCGCAUUAUGCCCUUACUGUAUUGAACACCACCACAGCAGCUACACUUUCUAAUAAAUCGUAUUCUAUUCAAGGCCAAAGUGUUAUGAUGAUAAGUCCAUCAAGUGAGUCUCACCAGCAGGUUGUGGCAGUGGGUCAACCUCUAGCAGUCCAGCCUCAAGGGACAGUAAUGCUAACUUCCAAAAAUAUCCAGUGUAUGAGGACUCUGCUUAACUUGGCACACUGUCAUGGAGCUGUUCUUGGAACAUCAUGGCAACUUGUCUUGGCAACUCUUCAGCAUCUUGUAUGGAUUCUGGGAUUAAAGCCUAGUAGUGGUGGUGCCUUGAAACCUGGAAGAGCUGUAGAAGGACCUAGUACAGUUCUAACAACUGCAGUGAUGACAGAUUUACCAGUGAUUUCCAAUAUACUUUCAAGAUUGUUUGAAAGCUCGCAGUAUCUUGAUGAUGUAUCAUUACAUCAUUUAAUAAAUGCACUCUGUUCCUUAUCUCUAGAAGCAAUGGAUAUGGCCUAUGGAAAUAAUAAGGAACCAUCUCUGUUUGCUGUUGCCAAAUUGUUAGAAACCGGUCUAGUUAAUAUGCACCGAAUAGAAAUUUUAUGGAGACCUCUCACUGGUCAUCUACUUGAGGUCUGCCAGCAUCCAAACUCUCGAAUGAGAGAAUGGGGAGCAGAAGCUUUAACUUCACUUAUUAAAGCAGGAUUAACAUUUAACCAUGAGCCUCCACUUUCACAGAACCAGAGACUGCAAUUGCUUUUAUUGAAUCCAUUAAAGGAGAUGUCCAAUAUUAACCAUCCAGAUAUACGACUGAAGCAAUUAGAAUGUGUAUUGCAGAUUCUGCAGAGUCAGGGAGACAGUCUAGGACCUGGUUGGCCAUUGGUUCUUGGAGUCAUGGGAGCAAUCAGAAAUGAUCAAGGAGAAUCCUUGAUACGAACCGCAUUCCAGUGUCUUCAAUUAGUUGUGACAGAUUUUCUACCAACAAUGCCUUGUACUUGCUUACAGAUAGUUGUAGAUGUUGCAGGUAGCUUUGGACUUCAUAACCAAGAACUAAAUAUUAGUUUAACUUCAAUAGGUUUGUUGUGGAAUAUUUCAGAUUAUUUUUUCCAAAGAGGAGAAAUUAUUGAAAAAGAAUUAAAUAAAGAAGAGGCAGCACAGCAAAAGCAGGCAGAAGAGAAAGGAGUGGUUUUAAAUCGGCCGUUCCACCCUGCGCCACCAUUUGAUUGCUUAUGGUUAUGUCUUUAUGCAAAAUUGGGUGAAUUGUGUGUGGACCCCCGUCCUGCUGUCAGAAAGAGUGCAGGGCAGACUCUGUUUUCUACAAUUGGUGCACAUGGAACUUUAUUACAGCAUUCAACCUGGCACACUGUUAUUUGGAAGGUUCUCUUUAAUCUACUGGACCGAGUUCGAGAGUCUUCUACAACUGCAGACAAAGAAAAGAUUGAAUCUGGAGGUGGCAAUAUUCUCAUUCAUCAUUCAAGAGAUACAGCAGAGAAGCAGUGGGCUGAGACAUGGGUAUUAACAUUGGCUGGAGUAGCAAGAAUUUUCAAUACCAGAAGAUAUUUACUGCAACCAUUAGGAGAUUUUUCAAGAGCUUGGGAUGUUCUUCUUGACCAUAUACAGUCAGCAGCACUCAGCAAAAACAAUGAAGUGUCUCUGGCUGCUCUGAAAAGCUUCCAGGAAAUUUUACAGAUUGUGUCCCCUGUCAGAGACUCAGAUAAGCCUGAGACUUCACCUGUAGUUAAUGUACCUGUGCCUGUCCUUAUUGGGCCUAUCUCAGGCCCUGGUUUAAGCCGGCCAUUCAUAAGAACAGAUUCUAUUGGAGAAAGACUUGGAAGAUAUAGUAACUCUGAGCCACCCAUAGUUACUGAUGAGCUUGAAGACUUGAAUCUCUGGUGGGCUGCGUGGAAUACUUGGUAUAGAAUUGGAUCUGAAAGCACUAAGCCUCCUAUUACUUUUGAUAAACUAACUUUUAUUCCCAGCCAACCCUUUCUUACAGCUUUAAUUCAGAUAUUUCCAGCACUUUACCAACACAUAAAAACUGGUUUUAACAUGGAUGACUUGCAAAAGUUGGGAGUCAUAUUACACAGUGCUGUUUCAGUUCCAAUAAGUUCAGAUGCAUCUCCUUUUAUUCUUCCAUCUUAUACUGAAGCAGUUCUGACAAGUUUACAGGAAGCUGUACUUACAGCUUUAGAUGUUCUCCAAAAGGCCAUCUGUGUAGGACCAGAAAACAUGCAGAUAAUGUAUCCAGCUAUAUUUGACCAGUUACUGGCAUUUGUAGAAUUUUCCUGUAAACCUCCACAGUAUGGACAGCUGGAAACAAAGCACAUUGCAAAUGCAAAAUAUAAUCAGAUCCAACUAUUUGCACCGGCGGAAUGGGUAGCCUUGAAUUAUGUACCAUUUGCUGAAAGGUCUUUAGAAGUAGUUGUGGAUUUAUACCAAAAAACAGCCUGUCAUAAAGCAGUGGUGAAUGAGAAGGUUCUACAGAAUAUUAUUAAGGCUCUUAGAGUUCCUCUCAGUUUGAAGUAUUCCUGCCCUUCUGAAAGCACAUGGAAGCUAGCAGUAUCUUCACUCCUCAAAGUUCUUUCUAUUGGGCUACCUGUUGCCCGACAGCAUGCUUCUUCUGGAAAAUUUGACAGUAUGUGGCCAGAACUAGCCAACACUUUUGAAGACUUUCUUUUUACUAAAAGCAUACCUCCAGAUAAUCUCUCUAUUCAAGAGUUUCAAAGAAAUGAAAGUAUUGAUGUUGAGGUAGUUCAGCUUAUUAGCACUGAGAUACUACCUUAUGCCAAUUUUAUUCCUAAGGAAUUUGUUGGUCAGAUAAUGACUAUGCUUAACAAGGGCUCCAUACAUUCUCAGUCUUCUUCAUUUACAGAAGCAGAGAUUGAUAUUCGUUUGAGAGAAGAAUUUUCUAAAAUGUGUUUUGAAACACUGCUCCAGUUUUCCUUCAGUAAUAAAGUCACAACACCUCAAGAAGGCUACAUCUCACGAAUGGCACUCUCAGUGCUUUUAAAAAGGUCUCAGGAUGUACUACAUCGCUAUAUAGAGGAUGAAAGAUUAAGUGGUAAAUGCCCUCUUCCAAGACAACAAGUAACGGAAAUCAUAUUUGUUUUAAAAGCAGUCAGUACUCUCAUUGAUUCACUUAAGAAAACUCAGCCUGAGAAUGUUGAUGGAAAUACCUGGGCACAAGUAAUUGCCUUAUACCCAACUUUAGUAGAAUGCAUCACCUGCUCAUCUUCAGAAGUCUGCUCUGCACUUAAAGAGGCACUGGUACCCUUUAAGGAUUUCAUGCAACCACCAGCAUCCAAAGUUCAAAAUGGAGAAUCUUGACCAGCUACAAUACAUUUGAAGGAAGAAAAAUAUCCUAAAGAUUGUUUGCUUCUGAGUCUUCUGUAAGAAGGACAUUUCUUACUACAAAUGAUUCUUGGCAACUGUUGUUUGCCUCCUUUGAAUUGUAAUUACCUGAAUUCAGUAAUUCAUAUUACAAGCUUACACAUCAACAAAGGCUCAUGAAUGAGUAGCAGUGCAAGCCUUUAAUAAAUUAAACUGAUGGAAGAGAUCAGUUAAUGCUAUAACAUAGCUGCUACCAUAUCUUCAGUUGGUGAUUUAAAAGUGAGCUUAUGUACAGUUUGUGGUGUAUGUGUUAAUGAUGUACUUUUUAAAAAGAAAAGAUAUUUCAAUUCCGUCAGAUUUAUUAGGCUGGUGUUUUUGCACCCUUUUUCAGGUACAAAAUUGUACUAAAAUUUUAUGCAAGAUUGUACUGUAACAUUCCAUAUUAUCUACAACCAGCCUUUGUAAACAAAGGGAACUGAUAUACUUGUGUGUAUAAUAAAUGGUACAGUUCUGUAUAAAAUAGUUGAAUUUAUUGUUUAAAUUUUAAUAAUAUUGAUAAUGUUAAAUGCUUGAAGCUCUAUUAUUAAUUCAAAAUUAUUUACUCACCUUUUUUCUUUAAUUUGCCUUCUUAUGCAGCAAAUAAGUUUACCAUGUAAAUCAUACAGUUAGCUUCUUGUUUAUUUUAUAUGUAUUGUUAGUGACCAUUAGCAUCCAACUAGAAAGGUCAUGUGAACACAGCAGCAAAUAGUCUAUGACCUGCUGAUUUUGCAACUUUGAAAUAUAGGUUAUUAACCUAAUACAUUGAGAUAAUUAUAGCACUAUGACUCCAUCAUACCUCAUUUAUUUAAAUCUCUCUCCAAACUUUCACUUAAGUCUGUCUGUUUUUAUAUUUGCUGUCUUUUAAAGACUUUUCAUAUUUUAUAUUUCUACUGAUUUUUUUCCUGUGACUAACAUUUGUCACUGUCUUUGAAUUAUUACCCAGACAAGAUUUCAGAUUUCCCAAAAUUUUGCCUGGGAGAUUUUGUUCAUUUCAGUGCUUCAUUUUGUAAUGUUUUCAUGAGAAGGAAAAUAACUAUAGUAACCCACAUGUAAAAAAUGUGUGUAUGUAUUUCAAAACAAUGACAAGUGUAUUUUUGGAAAUAGACAAACAUUUAGAAGUAUAGUAAACUUACUGUCUUGGAGUAAAAUGCUAGUUUUUGUUUCACUCUCCUAUCCUAGUGAAGAAGAAAAGUGCUCUUGAGUACAUUAACUUGUUUCUUUAAAAACUGACCUAGCUCACUGUAUUUUUUAUUUAAUGUAUUAUGCUAUUAUAAUAUUUUUCUUCUGAGUUAAAUUUUCAUAAUCACUUAUGUGAAAACAUGAAGAUGUUUAAAACAAAUGAUUAUUCAUAAGAAAUAAUAAUGGUCUUGGUAUUAUUUUAGUGUACUGGAAGGAUUUUUUAUUUUAAUAGAAUUUAUAAAUUUCAGCCCCUCUAGAAUAAUCUUAAAACUGCAAGGAGAUGUUAGAAUUGAGUAAUGAAGGGAAUGCAAUUUGGGGGUCUCUUGUAAUUGUGUAAUUAUUUAAUUUGCACUAUUAUCUGUAAACAUGGUAAGGCCUAGUUUUUGAGGGAAUGUGUUUAUUUAUAUGAAUCAGUGAAUUUCUGUUUUAUUAUUUCACCUGAUAUUAAGGUAAAAUAUGGCUUUUCAUAGAUUUUACUUUCAGCAUUUUCCUUAAAGUUGUGGGGAAAAAAAUUACCCAAACUUAAUUUUCUAUAUUUGAAUAGGUUAAGUUGGGAAUUUAAAAAGUAUGAAUAUCUUGAUAGAGUAUUGAAGUGGAAUAACAAGGGUAGUAUACCAUUUUAGUAACAUGUUAAAAAUAUUGCCAUGAACUUACAUGAAGUAAAAAUGUCUAUUUUUGAGAAAUAACAGAUCAAUUGCACUCAGAAUGAUUGUUCUCUAGUGAAGGUUAAAUAUGAGUCAAGGGUAUACAGCAUACAUUUAUAUAAACUGAAUAGUUUGAGCUAAUACUGUUUAACUUUCAAUACUAGGACCAUGCCCUGCUGUUCAGAACACAUUAAUGUGAUGAAUGUGUUAAUACCGUAAUCAGUGAAAGUCUUAGUGUCAAGCAUGUGAGCUGCCCCCUGGGUAGAAUAAUUGACAGACCUUUUCCCCCAGCAUAUCUCCUAUAGCUCUCCAGGAGUCACUGAUUGCAAUUCAUGCUCUUGAGGCAAGCUUUCCUCUAGACUGUAUUUUUCGAAACUCUCCGGACUCCAGGGAGGUUAACACAUUGACCUGGCCUUAUUAAGUGUGAAUUGGGUUCUUUAGAAGAACUAGGUUGUAUAAAAUUGCUAGAUG